CCGCUGUCCUAGGCCGACUUCGGUUUCUUUUGAAUAGAGAUUAUGAAACCUGGUGGAACCGGGAAGUUUUUUUACGCCCAGUCCGAGAGCUUUAUUCUUGGUUAGGUUUUAAGACCAAAGAGAUGUGCUGGAGCCCUGUAGAACUCGCCUGAGUAAUUUCCACCCUUUCCAGAGCCUACGGAUGUGUUUAUCAGCAGAUCUGCUCCGAACUCCUUUCUCAGCGCAGAUGGAAUACUGCUUUUCCCCUCGGGACUCAGCCUGUACCUCUUAACUUAGUGUUUUUGUGUCGAUGGCAAGUAUAAAGAAAUGCAGAAUAAAUAUAUGAGACAUGAGUGUUGGACGUCGAAGAGUAAAGUUGUUGGGGGUCCUGAUGAUGGUAAAUGUCUUCAUUUAUUUACUUGUGGAAGUCUCCAAAAACAAUAGUCAAGAAAAAAAUGGCAAGGGGGGAGUAAUAAUCCCCAAAGAGAAGUUCUGGAAGCUCUCCAGCCCUCCGCGGGCCUACUGGAACAGGGAGCAGGGGAAGCUGAACAGGUGGUAUAACCCCAUCCUCAACAGGCUGGCCAAUCAGACGGGCGAGCCGGACGCCGCUCCCAACGCGAGCCAUCUCAACUACUGCGAGCCGGACUCGGCGGUCAUGACAGCCGUGGCCGAUUUUAAUAGUCUGCCGGACAGAUUUAAAGACUUCCUCUUGUAUUUGAGAUGCAGAAACUACUCGCUGCUUAUAGAUCAACCGAAGAAAUGUGCGAAGAAACCUUUCCUGCUGCUGGCGAUUAAAUCCCUUAUCCCUCACUUUGCCAGGAGGCAAGCGAUUCGGGAGUCUUGGGGCAGAGAAACCAACGUGGGGAACCAGACCGUGGUGAGAGUCUUCCUGUUGGGCAAGACACCCCCCGAGGACAACCACCCUGACCUUUCAGACAUGCUCAAGUUUGAGAGUGAGAAACACCGGGACAUCCUCAUGUGGAACUACAGGGACACGUUCUUCAACCUGUCUCUGAAGGAAGUGCUCUUCCUCAGGUGGGUGAGCACUUCCUGUCCCGAUGCGGAGUUCGUCUUCAAGGGCGACGAUGAUGUGUUUGUGAACACCCAUCACAUCCUGAAUUACUUGAACAGCUUAUCCAAGAGCAAAGCCAAAGAUCUGUUUAUAGGUGAUGUGAUCCACAACGCCGGGCCCCAUCGGGAUAAGAAACUCAAGUACUACAUCCCGGAAGUCUUCUACACUGGGGUCUACCCGCCGUAUGCGGGGGGCGGGGGGUUCCUGUAUUCCGGCCCCCUGGCCCUGAGGCUGUACAGCAUAACCGACCGGGUCCACCUCUACCCCAUCGAUGAUGUUUAUACUGGCAUGUGCCUUCAGAAACUGGGCCUUGUUCCAGAGAAACACAAAGGCUUCAGGACAUUCGAUAUUGAAGAAAAAAAUAAAAAGAAUAUUUGUUCAUAUGUAGACCUAAUGUUAGUGCAUAGCAGGAAACCUCAGGAGAUGAUUGAUAUCUGGUCUCAGUUGCAAAGCCCUAAUUUAAAAUGCUGAGAUCCAUAGUGAGCUACAUUUCACACAGGGCCUGGCCUGGCUAGUUCCCACGUCGUGCUUUCACGGUAGGUGAAAGGCCCUCAGUCUUCCUGAGUAG